UUCUAAUCGUAACAGCCGUGGGGUCAACCCAGCCUCAAGUUUCUUAGUCCUAGCAAGUUCCGGUUUCCUGCUAGUGAGCCUUGCUUUAGCUGCGCAGGAGAUGUUUUAACUCCUGUGGAAAUCUGGGUACCAGCGAAUGCGUUUUUUGUUUCGUUUUGUUUCGUUUUGUAAAGGUUUAGCGAUGGUCAGUUUAGCGGUGUUGGGAGCUCUUAUGCCAAGUUUGGUUUCGCAAUAGCGAGUCCCGUCUUAGCUAGGCUAGUGUGUCUUCAAAACUCCCAGGGAAGUCAGGAAUGCCGGCGAACGCGAUUUCUCGGUUUUACCGAGCUCCCUUUGACAAUGGCAAGUCCCGCCCAUCGCGACAUUUUCCUCCUGUGGACCAAAUCGGCAUAUACCAGUUACUACGAUUUUUUAGUCGCACCUAAACACGUUUAACCGUGGCUAUUUUUGUUUGUCGUAGGAAAUUAUGACAGGAGCAACCUGCAGGGCUUUAGAUCUGACAGAAACAUUCUAAUGGUAGGCAUUGCAUCGUUUAGCCAUAUUUGUAAUUUCUUCUUUGUACGGUUGGCUCUCUGUAAGUUUCGCUAACAACUACACAUUAUUUUUGUGUAUUUUGCUCUGAGGACAGUGUUACCGAUGUGUUUUCCGUGUUUACUUGCAUUUCAGACUUUCAUUAUUUUAAUUUUUUAUUUUUAUUUAAAUGUUACGUAUUUUUUUUUUUUUUCUCUACUAAUUUUGAGCGUCUCAGCUUCGUGCUUCUUGACUUUCAUUCUCUCAGGAGCCGGGGAGCCGAGCUCGGUCUUAGCCUCGCUGGUGUUAGGCUCCGGGUUCUGUCUGGUGGCUCCGCUUCCCAUGCGGAGCUGGCGGUUUUGUAUCAGCACGUUUGCUAGCAGCGCCCACUGGGCGUUUUCUCAGUUGCUGCUCCCAACGUGACGUUUCCCGUUCGCGGGGUCCUUGCGUUCUCAGUGCUGUCACUUUGUCGGUCCUAGAACCGCUAGUAUCUCCCAGGAACUUCCUGAAGCCCGUUUUGCGAUGCAGAACGGUGAUUGCACCCAGCCGCCGUUGGCACUAGCAACUCCGUGGUACCAUUAGCCGGCGCUUUUUCUGUCACAACCCAUUAGAACGGGUUAAAACCUAUUAAACCUGUCAAACACACUGAGCGGAUUAAAACACAUUAAAAUGCCACAACACAUUUUCCUGGCACGACACAUUUAAACAGAGUUGAUUCAUUUCCUCCAAACAGGUUGUUUAGGCGUGGAAGCACCCCUCUUUUCUAAGAGCACGCUCUUUCUCUUCAGCAGCCCCACUUACGGCGCCGAAACGGAUAUUUGUUUGGCAAUACCAGCGCUAGCCGCUAGGUGCUGGCGCUUGCUAAGUUCGAGGCGCCAGUUUCUGGUUAGCAAGACGGUUAUUAGCGCAGAGCCCCAGCGGACAGUUUUCCGGUGGCAGCAACGCUCAUUUCCCGAAAACGGGUGGUUCUUGGCCCUUGCAGCGCUCUUUAACACCUGCGUUCUGUAGUGCUAGUUCUCUGCAAGGUUUGCUUAGCGUUGUUUCGUUUCGGUUUCUUUUCUCGCUAUGUUUUUCUGUCGGAAUCACGGUUCGUUUUGGUUCUAUGUACUCUCUAAAAUUUUAUCGUUUUUCAUUUGUCUACGAAUCUUCGUGCAUUUGCUACUAAUGAGUUUCUUGAUAUCUGACUGGCCUCCGCCCACGGGCUCUGGAGAGCAUAAAUACCCAGGCUGAGGGUAGUGCAGAAGUCUCUCCCUCCUUGAUCAGCGCAGCCGUUUGUUUCCUCCUGGUCUGAGGCUUAAGCGAUGGAGCGACAUUUUCUUGGCUGUGUGGAGCGGGCUUGGGAUUCCGCCGAGGUGGCGCCAGAGCCCGGGUUUCCGCCUAUUGUGAGUUCAGAAGAUCGUGGGCCGUGGCCUCUCCCUUUGUAUCCAGUACUAGGAGAGUACUCACUGGACAGCUGUGAUUUGGGACUGCUUUCCAGUCCUUGCUGGCGGCUACCGGGAGUCUACUGGCAAAACGGACUCUUUCCUGGAGUCCAGAGCACCUCGGGACCAAGUACAGCGAGGUCCCCUGAGUUCGGUUGGCCGGGGACACAGAAGCAGCAAGAGGCAUCCGUGGAAGAGGUGGGGCAGGGAGAGGAACCCGACAGACUCACGCUCCAGCAGCUUUCCUGGUGCAGUCCUCCCCAUUCCUGGAACAGACAGCAGGACACCGACGUCUCUGACAGCGGGUGCCUUUUGGAACGCCGCCAUCCUCCUGCCCUCCAUCUGUGGCGCCACCCCCCGGGGGGUUUCUCAGACUGCCUGGAGCGGAUUCUUCGCGUUGGUUUUGCCGCGUUCUCUGUACUCUGGGCGUGCUGCCUACGAAUCUGUGGAGCUAAGCAGCCUUAGAUACCAGCAGGAGGCUUUUUGGAUUCUCCUCCUUGAAAAGAUGCUCAGUUACCAAGCGUCUCCACCUAGAAAAUAAAAAUACAUUAAGAUGGGCCUUCAUUGCUGGUUGUCAGUUUUUGAAUUCUCUUUUUUCCUGAUGUUUCUUUCUUGUUUCGUGUCGCUUAUUACUUUCAGUUUCCUUGUCUUUUAAACAUUUAUAUUUAUUUUAUUAAAUAUUUCACUUGUAUCUGUU